AUGGCCGGUCUGCGCAUUGCCCUCGGCGGCGACGAAGCCGGCUUCAACUACAAGGCCACCAUCACGGCCGACCUGAACAAGGACCCGCGCGUGGCCUCCGUCGUUGACGUCGGCCCGAGCUCCGAGUCCGACAAGACGGCCUACUCGACGUACGCCAUCACGGCCGCCGAGAAGGUCGCGAGCGGCGAGGUCGACCGCGCCAUCCUCAUCUGCGGCACCGGACUCGGCGUCGCCAUCUCGGCCAACAAAGUGCCGGGCGUCCGUGCCGUGACGGCGCACGAUAGCUUCUCCAUCGAGAGGGCCAUCAAGAGCAACAACGCGCAGGUGCUGUGCCUGGGACAGCGUGUGAUUGGCAUCGAGCUCGCGAGGAGGCUGGUGAGCGAGUGGCUUGGUUACGAGUUUGACCCUAAUUCGGCUUCUGCGGCCAAGGUCAAGGUCAUUGAUGAUUACGACGCGAAGACUACGUCGGAGGGAUUCAAGGUGUCGGCUGCUGCUUGA